AUGGGUACUGCCAUACAUUCCUCACCAGGUUUGAGCUCAUCACCCAUACCUACGGGUGAUUAUAUGGUGAAAUGGAACGUCUGGGAGCAUAUAUCUUCAUCCUGCUGGAAAAGUUGGAUGCAGAUGUUGGCACAAGCAUCUCUCAAAACUCCUGAAGCACCUCUGCGAGGUGCACGUGCCUGCAAUUCUGUCAUGCCUUGGAAAUGGGAGGGAAGCUACCAUGAAAGAUACCAGCUAGCUCAGGUUUUUUGUGUGUGUGUGCAACAGUCUCUAGAUUGGACUAUGCAACACAUGCAGACCCUGCUUGUUCUUGUUCUAGAUCAGCACAGCUAA